AAGGCGGUUUGUAAAAGUCUGGCUGGAGCGCGAGAGAGAGAAAGAGUGAGAGAAGAAGCCAGACUCUUUUUGGGGGAGUAUAGAGAGGAAGGAAAGAACAAGACUAAGUAAAAGUAAAGAGGAAUAAAAACAGGCAAAGGAAAAAAGGAGACGAGACAAGGAGAAAGCCACGGAGAGAAAUCUGGCAACCCGGUGGUGAGAGAGCAAGUGGAGAAAGCGCAGCGCGGCAUGGUGCAGCAGCAGGCGCAGCGCGGGGACUGCGAGGGCGCGGGGGGCCGGGGGGAUGCCGGCGCCGACUCGGAUGAGAGCGAAUUCGCGGCGAGCAGCCCCGCGCCCGGCGCCGAGGCCAACCCGGACUGGUGCAAGACGGCCACGGGGCACAUCAAGCGGCCCAUGAACGCUUUCAUGGUGUGGUCCAAGAUCGAGCGGCGCAAGAUCAUGGAGCAGUCGCCGGACAUGCACAACGCCGAGAUCUCCAAGCGCCUGGGCAAGCGCUGGAAGAUGCUGAAGGACAGCGAGAAGAUCCCGUUCAUCCGCGAGGCCGAGCGCCUGCGCCUCAAGCACAUGGCCGACUACCCCGACUACAAGUACCGGCCAAAGAAGAAGCCCAAGCUGGACGGAGCCGGGACCGGAGGCUCCAAGCCGGAGAAGCUGGCGCACUCGCCGGAGAAAGCUGCGUGCGCCAAGGCGGCCAGGAGCUCCGCCGCGAGCAAGCGCUGCCCCAAAACCAAGGUGAGCGGCAAGAGCGGUGCCAAAUCGGCGGCGCACCAUCUGAACCAUCAUCACCACCACACCAAUAAUCAUCAUCACCAUCAUCAUCUUCAACAACACCAGCAGCAGCAGCAUGAACAUUUCAAGUUCCAGCACCACAGCGACGAGUACACGCUGAAGAGCGCGAGAAGUACGGCGACGCCGGUAAAGAGCGCGCGGAGCAGUCUGGACUUCACGGACGACGACGAGGAGGAAGACGACGACGAUGAUGAAGAAGAUGACGACGCCGAAGAGCACAACAACAACGCCGAGGACGAGUGCGAGGAGCGCGCGCGCGUGCCCGCCAGCCCCACGCUCAGCUCACCGGGCGAGUGCGAGGGUGCGAGCAUGUACGAGGACGUGCGCGGGGGCAGCGGCGGCGGCGCGCGCCUCUACUACAGUUUCAAGAACAUCACCAAACACCAGCAGCAGCUGCAGGGCAGCGCGAGCGCGGGUGCCUACUCGUUCGCGCACUCGGCAUCGGCCUCGCCGGCUUCGUCCUCGUCCCGCUCAGCCUCCACGUCGUCCUCGAGCUCGUCGGACGCGGACGACUUGCUGUUUGACUUCAGCCUGAACUUCGCGGCGGCAGCAGCGGAGAACAGCGGACAGAACGCGGGGAGCCUCGCGCUCUCGCUCGUGGAUAAAGACUUGGACUCGUUCAGCGAGGGCAGCCUGGGCUCCCACUUCGAGUUCCCCGACUACUGCACGCCCGAACUGAGCGAGAUGAUCGCGGGGGACUGGCUGGAGAAGAACUUUUCCGACCUGGUCUUUACUUACUGAGUACGGACCCGAAUUUACCAGAGUUUACCACAGUACAAACAGUAACAGUAGCCUAAUAACAAUUAUGCGAUUCUGCUGAUGCUGAUGCUGGUAAUCAUAUGAUAUUUAUGAUUACAAUGCCUGCACAACACGUCUGAGGAGAAAAAAAGGCGUCCUGUAGCUGAACUAGGCUACAAGUUUGGUUUGGUUGGGUGCCCUCCUCGCUGUGUCUGUCAUUGAUUGAGUCGGAGCUGAGUAUAAAGAGGAGGAGAAAAAAGGAGGAGAAAGGAGGAGGCGUGGAGACAGAGAGAGAGAGAGGGGUUUGAGGAAGCAGAUGCGUAUGAAGCUGGUACUGUAGCAAAAAAACAACACAUAAAUAAUAAGAGGAGAGAGAGAGAAAGUAAGAAAAAUAAAAAAAUAAAAUCAAAAAAGUCUGCAGACCUUUUUAUAUCUAGCAGCAUGACAGGGUUUUCUGGAUUUUUUCGUAGGUCUCUACACUCUUACUGAUCAACUGUUCAACAUGGAUCACGAAAAGGAAAAAGAAAAAAAUCUUAAGAACUUCUAUGCAUCCUACCCUCUUUCUUUUUAACUGCAGGGAGCUGAACUCGUUGAGACUGUGGACUGAGUAAAAAAAAAACAAAAAUCUGAACCGUGAACCGUUCCGUUCAUGUUUUGUUUUUGUUUCUCCGUUAUUUUUUUAAUCUCCCGGGACGUUUUGCGUUCAAACGGUCGUAUGUGACGUUUCUUAAAUGCCGUCAAAACAAAACAAGGUUUAUUGUUUUUGUAAGACUCCGACUCCGUUUUCUGUACCGGUAAGAAACUUUAGCAGCCUAACACUCCCUCUCCCAAGUGUCGCAGGGGUUUUGGGAGGCGGACACAUUUUGAUACAUGAACAGACCUCAUCUUUUUAAAAGAAAGCAAACUAUUUUCAGGCAUAUUUUUGUACAGGUCAAAGGGAAUGUUCUUACUGUGCGCUCAGUGAGUUUCAGGCACUUCUUUCCCUUUUUUUCUCUCGUUCCUUUUUUGUUUAGCAUGCAAGGGAGUCCUGAUUUUAAGAAUUAAGUUAAACUAAGACUUGCAUCACUCGAAAAAAUAAAAUAAAAUGAAAUGCCUUGUGAUUUUAAGCUAGGGUUUUUUUUUUCCACUUUUUGUACAGUUGUAGAUCAGAUUUGUUGAGUAUUUGUAGAACAUAUGGCAUUUGUGGAGAGAGAGAGCAAGACAAAAAAAGAGAGAGCGAGAGAGAGAAAGAGAUGUACCUCCAUGCUGGUGGUACUAGUUUCAAGAUUGUAUAUGUACUGUAAAAUAGUAAAAGUUAGGAGUUUAUGUAUAUCAUACUCGUGAUAUGUGGAUGGGUCCCAAAUCGCAGGUGUGAAACUGGAUUUUUCUUUGUUUCUUUAUUUUUUAAUGGCACAUACUGUUUCCCUCCUUUAUUUUGUUUGUGCAAUAUAUUUACUUGUAAAUGCAGACCAUCUACAUUUUUUGUAGCAAAUGAUGGGCAGGCAGACGCAAGUGGCUAUCAUCCACGCUGUUGUCUACGCUAUCUGGCUCUCGUCAUGAUCCUAAAAUCUGACUAGGCAGCCGUGUGGAUAGAGAAGGCAUCAGCUGGAACUGAUAGGCAACAUGAAAGUGACCACAAGGCAGUGAUGCAUUGCUGUGGAAAAUACCAGCAUCCCUAUACAAUAAACAAACCUCUGAAGCUGGGGGUUUGACACCCCUCAAGAAACUGUAAAGUUUUUGGGCAAAAAGAAAACCUGUCAAACCAGGCGAGCUUUGGGUUUGUAGGUAGUCUGGCUGAAAAAAAAAAAAAAAAAACGUCAAGCAAGCAAAAAAAAGUACAUUCCAUAUCCUUGUUUCAUAUGAUGGAACGUUUUAUUUUCAACUUAAGAACUGCCUUCUUUUCUAAAAAAACAACCAUAAAAACCUGUAUUUUUUGUUUCUUGCACUUAAGCAGAUUUUGUUUAUUUGAUGUGGGUCUUAACAUGAAGUCUGUUUUGAAUACAUGGAUGGGAAUGUGAAAGAUGGGACAAGCAGCUGAAGUGUUGAACAGCAGCAGUUGCCUCACAUUCCAAGUGUGAAUCUAUCUCUUUGACUCAUCUUUUAAUAAACAAAUAUCUACACCAUAA